GAUGUUCCGGCUUGCUGGCAGGAUCAGCGUCACCCCGCCUUUACGCGUUAGCUUGUGUAUGUGUACAGGAGCUGCUGAUCGGCAGAGACGCUCUAAACAUGGCUGGCUGGAUCAUGCAAGCAGCGCGAUGCCCGACAGAUGAACUGUCACUGACUAACUGUGUUGUAGCAAAUGAGAAGGACCUAAAGACUGGGCAGCAUGUAGUCAUCAAGACCUCACCCACCCAUAAAUAUGUGUUCACUGUAAAGACACAUCCAAGUGUGGUCCCUGGAACCAUCGCCUUCAGUCUGCCCCAGAGGAAAUGGGCUGGUCUCUCUCUAAAUCAAGAAGUAGAAGUGAGCAUUUACAAUUUUGACACAUCAAAGCAAUAUGUGGGAACAAUGACUCUAGAGAUUGAUUUCCUGCAGAAGAAGAAUUCGGAUAGCAACCCUUAUGACACUGACAAGAUGGCCAUUGAGUUCAUUCAGCAUUUCAAUGCACAGGCCUUUUGCAGCAGCCAGCAGUUUGUAUUUAGCUACUGUGACAAGCUCUUUUUAUUACUAAUCAAAGAAAUUGAAGCGAUGGACCCCAGCAUUCUGAGGGGGGAACAGGGCUCCAGCAAGAAAAGCAAGAUUGACAUUGGGUUGUUGCAUGGCAACAGUCAGGUGAUUUUUGAGAAAGCAGAAAACUCUUCAAUCAGCCUGGUCGGUAAGGCUAAGACUAGAGGUGCUCGACAGUCCAUCAUUAACCCUGACUGGAAUUUUGAGCGCAUGGGGAUUGGAGGCCUGGACAAAGAGUUCUCUGACAUCUUCCGUCGGGCUUUUGCCUCGCGAGUCUUCCCUCCAGAUAUAGUGGAGCAGAUGGGCUGUAAGCACGUUAAAGGAAUCCUGCUGUUUGGGCCUCCAGGCUGUGGAAAGACGCUGAUGGCCCGUCAGAUUGGGAAGAUGCUGAAUGCCAGAGAGCCCAAAGUGGUCAAUGGCCCUGAGAUCCUCAACAAGUAUGUGGGGGAGUCAGAGGCCAACAUCAGGAAACUGUUCGCUGAUGCGGAAGAAGAGCAAAAAAGGUUGGGAGUCAAUAGUGGACUACACAUCAUAAUUUUUGAUGAGAUUGAUGCCAUCUGUAAGCAGCGAGGGAGCAUGGCAGGCAGCACUGGCGUUCAUGACACGGUGGUCAACCAGCUGCUGUCCAAGAUUGAUGGUGUGGAGCAACUCAACAAUAUCCUGGUUAUAGGUAUGACUAAUAGACCUGAUCUGAUAGAUGAAGCUCUCUUGAGGCCUGGAAGACUGGAGGUCAAGAUGGAGAUUGGUCUACCGGACGAGUCGGGCCGUGUUCAGAUCCUAAAUAUCCACACGUCCAGGAUGAAGCAGUCAAACAUGCUGGCCACAGAUGUAGACAUUAAGGAACUGGCCAUGGAGACCAAGAACUUCAGUGGGGCAGAGUUAGAGGGGCUAGUGAGAGCAGCUCAGUCCACCGCCAUGAACCGCCACAUAAAGGCCAGUACUCAGGUGGAGGUGGACACUGAAAAGGCCCAGAAGCUGCAGGUCACCCGAACUGACUUCUUGGCAUCGCUGAAUAAUGACAUCAAACCCGCCUUUGGGACCAAUCAGGAAGACUACUCCAGUUACAUCCUGAAUGGCAUAGUGAAGUGGAGUAAUGCUGUGUCAGAUAUACUGGGAGAUGGAGAAUUGCUGGUACAGCAGACCAAAAACAGUGAACGCACACCGCUAGUGACUGUGCUACUGGAGGGUCCACCUCACAGUGGUAAAACAGCAUUGGCAGCGAAAAUCGCAGAGGACUCAGAGUUCCCCUUCAUCAAAAUCUGCUCUCCAGACAAGAUGAUCGGCUUCUCCGAGAUCGCCAAGUGCCAAGCCAUCAAGAAGAUAUUUGAUGAUGCCUACAAGUCCCAGCUGAGCUGUGUGGUGGUGGAUGAUAUUGAGCGGCUUCUGGACUUUGUGCCCAUCGGACCCCGCUUCUCUAACUCCGUUUUGCAAUCCUUGUUGGUUCUGCUGAAGAAGACACCUCCUCGUGGUCGUAAGCUGCUGAUUUUAGGCACCACCAGCCGUAAGGACGUGCUGCAGGAGAUGGGCAUGUUGGACUCCUUUAGCACAACCAUUCACAUCCCUAACAUCGCCAGAGGAGAGCAUCUGAUAGAGGCCCUGGAGCUGCUGGGAGGUUUCCAGGAAGACGAACGCACAAAAAUUGCAAAGGAGGUCAGAGGCAAAGGAGUGUGGCUCGGCAUCAAGAAGCUUCAGAUGCUAAUCGAAAUGUCCCUGCAGAUGCACCCUGAAUACAGAGUUAAGAAGUUUUUGGCACUGCUGACAGAAGAGGGCGCGUUGGGUUCUGAUAAGCUCGUGGCUAUAUAGACCCAUAUCACUUGAGCGUGACUACAUUAAAUGGCUUUCAAGCCGUGUUGUACGCUGCCUGCUGCCGUGGUGACGACCCCACCUUUCCGUCCCGUUCAACAUUAGCUGUACUGGUUAACAACUCAAUUGAACCCUGCACAAGGGGGAUGGCUUUGUAUAUACACCGUAUAAAUUGUUUUGGUGUUAAAGGCUGCCAGCCCUCCAUGGAAACUGGAUGUGUGUGUGUGUGUGUGUGUGUGUGUGUGUGUGUGUGUGUGUGUGUGUGUGUGUGUGUGUGUGUGUGUGUGCAUAAAGAUAUGCUGAUAUGUACAUUACAUGCAUGUAUAUGAAGGAUUGUUGUGUAUAUGCUCUUGCAUUAAACAUUCCUGAAAAUAAUGCCUUAAUUUUAAUGACUCUCUUUACUAUGAAUAUGUGAGUACUUUCAUGAUUUUUGUAGACUGCAAUCAUGGAUUUUUUUUAUUCUAUUUUGACUUGCAGUGCUGUCAUUUUUUUCUGACCAAACUGUAUUUCAGAGGCUUCCAUCUCAUUGUUACAGUUUGUAUUCUUUGGUAACCUGAAUUUGCACACUGAUAUGAUUUCAUUCAUAUGAAAGUAAAGCACUUGUGCAUGUUUAUUAAAGGGAAAUGUCUUUC